AAAGGGAUAUGGAGCAACAACAAUACUGAGAACUUAUAUGUGACGAUACUUGUUGAUUUAGUAUCGUACCACCGUGUACUCUCGCAAGUUAGACAAAUUAAGUUCAAGGAUAAAAGACCGUACUAUACUCCGUUUCAGGCUUUGCGUUGACUGGUUGGUUAUUCAAGUACUAUUUGCUGUAUUUUCCGAUGUGAAUUGUCCUGCAACAAGAACAGACCAUUGAUGUGAGGUUGGAUUCAGGUUGCAUGCUAACUGCACAUUGACAGGAAACCAUCAUAGCCAUAAUUAACAGUGUCAUAUAUUGGUAGCCAUGGGCACAAAAUUCGUCUCCUCCACUCUCAUCGUCCUUCUGACUGCCAUGUUGCACCAAUCAUCAGGAUGUUCUUGCAUUGAAAAUCCAGGCUUCUGCAUGUCAGACUUUGCUAUCAGAGGAACAAUCCUAGGCGUCCAAGGCAAUGCCACGUUACAGGAAGAUUUGGUUUACAGCGUGCAGGUAAAGGAGGUGUACCGUAACUCCUCAAACAGCAUUGAGGUUAAUGGGACUAUUGAUAUCAAGACUGGCGGCCACACAUGCGGAGUGCAUGGUUUGGAGGAGGAUUCGACGUACCUGAUUUCCGGAUUAUACGAUACAUCAUACUCGAUUGAUAGUUGUAAUUCUGUGGUCGUGGAGUACGACGAUCCCGACGAUAUCAAUGAUUUGGGCCUCCCGUGCUCAGCAUCGUUGACCACCGUGACCCCGUACGUCAUCAUCGUCGGUGCCCUUCUCCACUUCAUCCUUCGCUGAUGACCGAUCUGACCGGUGACCGGGCAGCGGUGCAGCUGCGGUGUAUAUGUAAUAUGAAUAGCUCUAUGCACUUUAUCAAUUCGAUACAUAGAAUAUGUAGAUGUUUAGUUUUUGAUAAACACGUUUUCAUCAGCCCGAGUUUAAUGCAAAAUAAGACAUAUUUGAUCUUUGUAAAUAGUUUUUGUUUUAAUUCCAGAGCUUUUAUUGCACAGAGAGCUUGAGGAAAUAGAACAUAAUGUGUACAGAGAGAUCGAUCGAGAAAAGCUGGCUACAGGCCCAUGAGACCAACAAUUUCGGUCCCCGGGCGUUCUGGGCACCUUCCAAAAGGAUUGCCAGACGGCCCACGAAGAAAGAAAACACAUAAUUCUGACGAAAAUAUAGAAAAUAAGAAAGUUGGUUAAAGAAAAAGUCGACGAGACCUACAUUUGCCUUUCUUUUCCUUAUAAUAUAUCUUGUUGCUGUUGCUGUUAUGUAUUGUGGGUCUCCUGAGCUGUCGUUCUCGUUCUCGUGUCGAUUAGGAUGACACCGAAAUAGAUUUUUUUUUUAAAAUAGAUAUAUCGGGCUAAUGAGCACUUGAACUUAAAGUCACAUUCGAAUUCUAUAUAUUUUUGUGGUGUGUGAACGCACCCCUACAAGGAUCUGGGUGCACAAACUAUAUCUACAGC